AUGGAGAGACUUUCAGCAGGAAAUUCGCAAAAUAAUCAAAAUUGGGGUUGGGACAGAAAUUCAGAUCCCUGCGUUGGCAAUGUCAAUUUCAAUGGCACAUGGAAAGGAGUGGACUGCAAGAAAUCGCAAAAUGUUAAGAAGAUUGUUCUUGAUAAGUUCAACUUAACAGGAACAUUUGAUGCUGCUUUUGUAUGCACGGCGAAGUUUCUUGUUUUCUUGAGCCUGAAAGAGAACAAUAUUUCUGGCUUCAUGCCUAAAGAGAUAGGAAAUUGCGGACGUCUGAGACACUUGUACGUAAGCGGGAACCGAUUUUCUGGUGAUAUUCCUGACACUUUUCCUCAGUUACGUAACUUGAAGAGCAUCGAUAUAUCUGACAACAACUUCUCUGGUGAGCUUCCUGCUGAUAUGUCCCGGAUUUCAGGCCUGCUAACCUUCUUUGCUGAAAACAAUCAGCUCAGUGGGGAAAUACCGGAUUUUGAUUUCUCCUAUCUCAAGGAUUUCAAUGUAGCCAACAACAACUUUAGUGGUCCGAUUCCUGAUGUCAAAGGCAAGUUUGGGGCAGACAGCUUCUCAGGUAAUCCUGAAUUAUGUGGGAAACCAUUAUCAAAAGCCUGCCCACCUUCAAAAAAAGGAUCAAAGCAUUCAUUAACUGAUCGCUUCCUUAUCUACUCAGGCUAUAUAAUACUUGCCGUGGUUGUGCUGCUCGUGUUAGCUUUAUAUUUAUUUAAGAAAAAUAAGCCUAAAGAAGAAACUGCGAAGGUUGUCAAGAAGGGGAGGGUAGCUAAUGCAAAUAAGGAACAUAGUAGUACUUCAAGUGAAUCCAAAACUGGUGGUAAUAGAUCAGAAUAUUCAAUCGCAUCUGUUGAAGCUGGAAUGACAUCAUCAUCUCUUGUAGUUCUUCCCAGUCCUGUGGUGAAUGGUUUGAAAUUCGAGGACUUGCUUCGAGCUCCAGCUGAGUUGCUUGGUAGAGGAAAGCAUGGAAGUUUGUAUAAGGUCAUGUUCGAUAAUGCUACGAUCUUGGCAGUGAAAAGGAUCAAAGACUGGGGUAUUUCGGCUGCAGAUUUCAAGAGGAGAAUGGAGAUGAUAGACCAAGUGAGGCAUCCCGGAGUAUUGCCUCUGGUAGCAUUUUAUUGCUCCAAGCAAGAGAAGCUCCUGGUAUACGAGUAUCAGCAGAAUGGCAGUCUCUUCAAACUUCUCCAUGGGUCCCAGAAUGGGCAAGUAUUUGACUGGGGAAGUAGACUCAAUGUCGCAGCUAGUAUUGCAGAGUCCUUAGCAUUCAUGCAUGAGCAACUUCAAGAAGGUGGGAUUGCCCACGGGAACCUGAAAUCCACCAACAUUUUAUUCAACAAGAACAUGGAGCCCUGCAUUAGUGAAUAUGGUCUAAUUGUGGCUCAAGGCCAGGAUCAAUCAUUCCUUUCUCAGUCUGAUAGCUUCAAAAGUAAUGCUUUGGGUGGAGAUGGCGCCUAUAGCACCUUCAAGGUGGAUGUUUAUGGCUUUGGCGUGGUUCUUCUUGAGCUUUUGACAGGGAAACUAGUCGAAAACAAUGGGUUUGAUCUGGCAAGUUGGGUGCACUCAGUGGUUAGAGAAGAAUGGACUGCUGAAGUUUUUGACAGGGCCUUGAUCUCAGAAGGUGCUAGUGAGGAGAGGAUGGUGAACCUGUUGCAGGUAGCAUUGAAGUGCAUAAAUCCGUCUCCAAAUGAAAGGCCAGCCAUAAACCAAAUAUCUGCUAUGAUAAACACGAUAAAAGAGGAUGAAGAGAGAUCCAUAAUUUCAGAACCAUGAUC